UCUGACAAAUAUAGAUGAAUUUAAUUAGGUGUAAACAUUUGUACUUGUAAUGUAAAACAGUACAUGAUUUUAUACAUUUCCUGAAAUCAGUGGAUGGUGAAAGCGUUCAAGGGUGAUAGAAAGUACACAUUAAAGACAGAAAAAGAUAUAAUUAAACAGCCAUAAAGUAGGAAUGGAAAAAAUAGAUACGGUGUAAAAACAUCAUGUGAAAAUUGGGUAAAAUAAUGGGUUAGAAAUAUGCAUGCCGUUAUUGAAAGAGACAAAUUGAUCAGUGAGAGUAGUCAGAAGGAAGAAGAUAAAAAUGAGAAAGAAGAAAAGAAAGAAGUAGUUGAUACUCAGGAAGAAAUAGUUAAUAGUCAGGAAGAAUUAGGUAAUAGUCUGGAAGAAGUGAUUAAUAAUCAGUAUGAGAUUCUGGCUGCAGAGACCGUGGUAUCAGGAUUCUCAGAACUAGUUGACAAAUCUGCAAGGGAGAUAACUUUCUCUGGGGAAUAUUACACCUCAAAUACCAACGAUUAUGACAGCUAUGGUGCUGUUAUGACUGGAUUGAAAAACAAUGAUCUGGCAGUCGUCAAACAUGUAUUACGAACAAACAGUUGGUUACCCAAUCAUCCGUGUCGGGAGACGCUGUGGAUGCAGAUCUGUAAAUAUUUACAUAAAGCUAAAGGAGAUGUGUACACAGAGUUAGAAGGGGAUCUACUAGGUGACAGAAAAAUUAAAGAUGUUCAACUACCUUCAUUUGUGGAUUUUGACAAUUUAAUGACCUACCAUUUAUCUGUGGAUGGAGUUCAACAAUUACAUAAAAUACUGGCAAUCUUACACCAUACUAAUCCCGAUAUUACAUACAGCCCAUUAUUAUAUCCCUUACUUAGCAUAUUUUUACAUUACAUGACUCCAUCAGAUGCUUAUAACUGUAUUUAUGGACUCCUGACAUCCAAAGAGACUUUUAUCAUACAGACCAAAGUGGCUUAUGAAGCAUCAAAACGGGUUAUGAGAGAUCUCACCAAAAAGUUUGCUAAAUCAGCUUAUGUCCAUUUAGUGCGGAACUGUAACACCAAAGAUAUAGAUACAGUAUUUGAUUCCUGGUUAUGGUGGUUAUUUUCUGGAUUACCAUUCCAUUACAUGAUUCGUGUUGUUGAUUGUUUUUUGUUGGAGGGUGUCAAAGUAUUCUACAGAACAGCUUUAUCAAUACUCAUACUAUUUACAAAAUACUCUGGGAAAAGAACAAGUGGUGCUCCAAGAGAUUUUAAUGGUUUAUCCAGUGUUCCUCAGAAUCUUCUACAAUUUUGUCAGGAGAUGCCUUUCAAAAUAGAAAAAAUGCUUAAGGUAGGAUUUGGUAUCCGUGGCUUAACAAGAAAGGAAAUUAAGAAGCUACAACUGAAACAUGAAAUGUACUUGAACAGUCGCAAUUUCCUAAAUCAUGAAAUGCAUCGAGUGGCGUCCCAUCAUUCCAUAACUCGUUCAACAAGUGGACCAUUAGCUUUACACAACAUUUCGUCUAUCAAUUCCAGUGUUAUAACCUCUGAUAUGCCAUGCAGUAAAAUGAGAUCACAUUCUGUUGGAAUUUUGGCUCUCCCUCAUAUUGAUUCAAGAGCCAUGAUGAUGGAAGAUCUUUAUACAAUAUGGACAUGGUUACCACCACGGUUUGCUGUCUGUCAACCAGAGUUGUUGUAUACAUCAGAAGAACAUGGCACAAGUCUAAUGACAUUGUAUUCCAGGGUAGAAUCCUACCAACCAACACUCAUAUUUAUAAAAACAACUACAGAUGAGGUGUUUGGUGCCUUUUGUUCUAAUUACUGGAGAGACAGACGACAGAGCUCAAGAAAACUCUGCUAUUUUGGGACAGGAGAAACAUUUAUUUUUACCUUGAGUCCAAAGAAGAAAAAGUAUGAGUGGGUUGGACUUCAUGAAGAAGAGAUACCCAACACUGCACACAUGUUCUUAGCUGGAGACAAUAGUGUCUUAACAAUAGGAGGAGGACAUGGUGAAGCCAUCCAGUUAGAUGCUAACUUAGAACAUUGUCGUUCUCAACAUUGUGAUACAUUUGACAAUGAACCCCUGUGUUCUAAUCAAGACUUUACUUGUAAAGUGGUCGAAGUUUACGGAUUUCAUUAAACAGACGAAACGAGAAGAUUUUGUAGAAGUUAUGAUUUUUUUUAAUGUUCAUAUUGUAAAGAUUGAGAAAGUUGCAAGCAACUGGACAGAAAUAUAUUGGAAUUCAAAUAAGGUCAAUCAUAUAUGGUAUUUUAAACAGAUUUUUUACUAUAUGGCAUACAAACAGGCGUGACACAUUUUAUUUUUCAAACUGUGUAAUGCAGGAUAAGUCAAUGAAUGUGUACCUUAUGGUCUUUACUUGAAACUCAACAUGAGGUAUAUGUAGAAUUAAGCUUUUGUAUGAAAAUUUGAUUACCGUAACUUUAGAAAAAUGUGAAAGUGACAUCAGUGGAAAGGGUAAAAAUAGAUGUGCCGAUACAGAACAAUGUUAUGUAGAAACUAUUUACAUUUCUUCACUAUGUUUAUUAUGUUAUUUUGUUGAUUUAUUUUGUUAUAAAACAAUUGUCAUUCCAUUUUCAUUGCUGUUAUAUAGGAAUUUAUCUUAUAAUUUUAUUCAAUAGAGUAGAAAAUUAGUAUUAAGAAAGUUAUUUUAAAAUGGCACAGUUUUAUGUUUCAUCCAAAUUAGUUUUCAAAUUAGUGUUUUUAUGAAUUAAAAGAACUACCCUGGUAUGUUAUCAGAAAUUUAGCAAUACCGUUUUAUAUUUUUAAUUGAAAAUUACUUCCUGACACUACUUAUAUCUACAAAAAUGAUAUGUUUUAUUUUAUUAACAAAUCAUCAUGAAAUUUUUAUAUUCAGUCAUGACCAUACUUUGGCCUAUAAUGAUUUACUUUUAGAAAUUGUGAACUUAGAUGGAGAGUUGCCUCAUUGACACUUAUACCACAUCUUUUUAUAUCUAUGAUAGAAAACACAUAGUGUAUUUGAAUGGAAAUUAAAAAUAAUUUUCAGUAACUAUUUUAAUUGAUUUGAAAAGGAGUAGCAUGUUACUCUAAAGAAUGUGAUCAAGCAGUUAUGUACAUUACAAAAGUCAGUUGCAUUUAAUUUUUAUUCUAAUCAAGUUUUGUAAGCAAACUUCUUGUAAUUUGUAAAAAAACAAUCCUGUUUAUGGAAUAAAAAAAAAUAAUUUAGAAAUGGUAAAUAUGAAAGGGUAGUAGGUUCAUCAAAUAUCUGUUUAUAAGUCAGCAAAACUUUUAAUUACCUCGUUAUAUGGUAGUAACUUUAUUAAAUCAGGUUGUCAUGAGAUUCUAAGGGGUAUAUGUGAAGAAAUCGGCAUUAUUUAGAUUACAAUAUUGAAGUCCUCAUAACAAACAGGUUUAAAAAUGUUUGACUUUUCCAAAUGGAAUAUUUAUGCUUUAACAUUUUAUGUAAACAUUGUUGAUUAGUUGCGUCUUCAUAAUAAUUGUAUUUGAAUAUGCAUACUGCUUUUGUGUACUUCAAAUGCAAACUAUUGAAAAUUGAUAUAGAUUUAAGACUAAAAAAUCACACAAGUACUUUAUUUGUAAUAAUAAACUUGAUUUUUGUUUUUUGUUAGGUUUACAAUUCUGUAAUAAAUGUAGACAAGAUUAGAGUUAAGCUAACAUUAUUGUAUGUCAGAAAAACAUUUCAUUCUUUGUCAUGUCAAUUAGAUUGAUGACAGUUUUUACAACUUAUGUAAAAGGAAAAACAUGUAUUUUAGGGCUUUUUUGCCCCAGAAAGUUCACUAAAAGCAUAAAAUCGUAUGAUUAUCAAUCACAAUUUUAAAAGACUUCAGAAGAAAAGUUUUAUGAACAUUUUAGUAAUGACAUUAUAAUAAUGAUAUAUUCUGAUAGUGACGUCAUUAGAAAGAUAUGUCAGUCUUUUAAGAAAAGUAGGCAAAAUACAGGAAUAUUCAUAUAAAGUAACAGAUAGUGUAAUGUCCAAAAGAUUUUUUUGCUAUCAAAAGAGAAACGCAAAACAAACUUAACAUGUUUUGAAUGGGUUAGUUCUUUAUAAUAUUUCCAAAUAUGUACAAUUUUAAACCAUUUUGUGUAAAUGUGAUAUUUUACUUUAUUAAUUGUCAUUGCAUGGCUUUGUUUAAUUGACAAAUGAAAACAAAUAAUUUGAAACCAAAACUGCAAUGUUUAUAUAACCUGUCAAAAGUAAUCUUAAGAUGCCUGCUUUGUACAAACCCAGUAUGCUUAGCAUGAUUUGUUAUUUGUCAGCUUUCAAGGUAAUCAGAAGAUAUGGCUCCUAUUUAAUGAGUGCAUAGUGAAAAAGAUGCCAAAUUAAUAUUUAAUCAUGUGUAUGGAGAUUUUUAUAAGUGAACAGAUUAAUUAAGAUGCAGACUGAUAGCUAUAAUGUACCCAUCAUAUCAGUAGUUUUUUGCUAGUUUUAUAAGCCUAAUUUAUAAAAAAUUGUAUUUGUAUGUUUGUGAUAUAGUGAUCGUCAUUUACCUUGUAUUCAAUUUUGGAAACAAAUAAACUCAAAAGGCUAGUUUUCUGUUAAACAUUGAAACAUUUUUGAGAUAAUAUAUAUAUAAUCAGUACAUGCAGUAGUUGCGCAUCUUUAUUAACAUUUCACAAUGUGUUGCUACGUUGUGAUUAAAACAUGAUAUGCUUUGUGUUUAAUCUAGUCAAAAAGCAAGUUAAUUUAAGAACAUGCCAAAUAUAUAGUAUUUUCCUAAAAUAUUGAGAAGGAGAAUACAAAACUUUAAUUCAUAUCGAAACAGGUCAUCAUUUUCAUAUUUAUUUUUCUGGUUUACUUUUGUAUUUUAGACUUCUUGUUUAUUGUUGUUUUUGAAAAUUAAAUUCAAUUUUUUUUCUUUUAAAAGAAGUAUCAUAAACACAUUUAUCUCAAUUCCCAAUUCAAUGUGUUGUGGCACUGAAAUUUUAGAUUUGGGUUUGCACUAUUUUGACAACUAGAUUUUUCAGAGAACAUAAAAUGAUGAUUUUGUACGCCAAAAAUAUUGAUUUAUAUAUCAUAACUCAUAAACAAUGGCUUAUCUUUCUGUAACUGGAGUAAAAUGAUAGUAGUUCAAAUGUGUAAUUAGAUGAUAGUUGUUUAAAUAUAAUUAGAAAUUACUCAGAUGUUAUAUUUCUUUUUGUAAUCACAGGAUUCCACCCAUAGUAGAUGAUCAUUAUAUGUGCAAUAAGAUAUUGUUUUGCAUCAUGUAUAUUUAUAGAAAACACUUGUGGUGUAUUCAAAGAAUAAAUUCUCAAAAGAA